AUGGGUAAAGGUGCGGCUAAAUAUGGGCUCAAAAGCGGUAUGCUUCCCAGUGCUCGCUCAAUCCUCAAAAGGCCUACCAUAAAUCAAUUAGAUGUGGUGGAAAAGUUGCAGAGUCCCGAUCCAAAAGGUCCAGAAGGUGUUGGAUACGCCGAAAAUGUUGCACAUCCUAAGGGUUCGCACAGGUUCUCCCCCACAAUGGAAUUUAUCGAUGUUGAAAAACUGAUUUCAGAUACAAUUCCGAAUCCGCAACACUCGAGGGUCCCCAAAACAUUUCAGCAGGAAACAAGACAAAGUAAGGCACAAAUGCGUAGAGAAUAUCUAUCAGAUGCAUUCAGAAAAGAGGAACAGCGUGUGUUGAAGCAGGGGGAGCUUUUGAGAGAAAAAGAAGCAAAAUUGGCUGAACAAAGACAAGUGGAGUUAUCUGCUCUGAACGAGAGUCGCUCUAGUGAUUUGACAAUCCCAACGUUGGACAAGCUUUUGCAAGGCCCUCUGAUGCGGCAAAGAACCCCAGAAGAGAAGGAAAUGCUGCAGAUGAAGCGAAAACAAAAUCGCGACGUUUUGCAAUUGAGAGCCAAGGAAAGAAAACUGGAGAAUCUGUUAAAACUUUACCAUGUUUCCGAAGAGUUCAUAGUGUCAGAGACGCAACUUCUUAAAAAGAUAGAUGAGGUGUUCGCAAACGAAUCCUCGGAAGCCUUGAGGACUAAAUUGAGCGUUGGGAACUCCAAGCCCCGGGCUCGCAACGAAAGAGAAAUCGGAGACGCCCUAUUUGGGUCUCUUGGUGGCGGAACUUAUGUUGGUCUCCCUACCAUCAAGGAGUACGUUUCUGGCGAGAUGAAUGCGUUUGCCAGUGACGUUCAGACGCAAAAUCAAGCUAUGCUGAAACAAAGACAGCAAGACUUGGAUACCAUUUUGCAAUAG